AUGUUCCCAAACAUGGACUGGGCGUGUUUGGAGGAGGCGUUGAUGAAUACUGGGGGCGAUGUCGAGCUCGCCAUGGAGCUGUUGAUGGACGAUGAGAUACCCGAUAUACCCGCUCCGGACGUGGACGACGCAGAGGCGUUUCCAUCGCUUGGAGGCGGUGGCGGCGGGACGUCCACGUCCGCGCCUCGAGCGCCAGAACCACUGCCAAAGAAAAUAUUCCUUUCGGGUGGAAUGUCGAACGUCAAUAAAGCGUCUGCGUCGGUGAAUUGGAACACACGAGCGACAAAAACGGAGACGGCAUCGGUUUCGGCGAGUGGUAAGAUUGAGCGAGGCGUACGGGAUGGUACAAAGACGAAGAUUGAGUGGGUAGAAACGGGAGCCGCGGUGUCGCAGCUUUACGCCGCAAAUCGAGACGAGGCGCGCGACUACGCCAGAGUGCGAAAUGUAUGCUACGAGCAAGCUACGAAUGCGUACUUGAGCGGUAACAAAGCUUUGGCUAAAGAGUUAUCUCGUCAAGGCCGCGAGGCUGCGGCAAAGAUGUCUCAGGCCCAUGCGCAGGCCGCACACAACAUUUAUCAUAGCAGAGGUGGCGGUAGCGACGGCGUGAUCGAUUUGCACGGUCUACACGUUGCAGAAGCAUUGUCCCUUCUACGCCGCGAAUUGUCUAGGCUCCGCGGUAGUGGAUGUUCGCAUGCGCAAAUUUUAGUGGGGACUGGGCAUCACACCGUCGGGUCGAGAACGCCUUCUCGGCUUCCCGUUGCAGUUGAAACCUUCUUACAGGAACACCACUGGCGAUUCAGCGAACGUCAGGCAGGCCUUCUAGAAGUCAGCUUAGACUAG